GAUUUGGUACUGCGAGAUGGGUGUAUACAUACAAGCUACGGCACCUAUCUGUCGAUGUCAGACAGCAUUUCUGGUGCCACAGCUAGACUAGAAGCCAUAUUAGGGAAGAUUCGAUACGGUCAUCGGACCGACGGUAUCAUUCGUGUUCUUAUGCCUCUUUUAGAGAACCAUUGGAUACAAAUCUAUCCUGUUCUCUCGUAUAUAUAAAGAACCACCCUCUCCCCCCCAACAUUCGAUACUGAACGAAUCCCCAAUCAAAACUUCAGCACAUAAUCAGUCAAUCAUCAACACGCACAAGACCCCUCCGUCAAAAUCUCACCCCAUCGAACCCCAAAAUCUUCAAAAAUGAACCACGAAAAUUCACGCCCUCUAAAGCCCCUUGACAAAAUCCAACAACAUCCUCAUAUAAUAUACUGGGGCGGCAUCCUAGCCCUCUCCAUAGAUCUGCACCCCACGCCCCUCCAAAUCCCGUCUCUCAUGAGGAAUCUCGCCAACAUUCUCCCCGACUAUGCGCCCUGGACUCACCAUAUCAAAAUCUCUAUUCUAGCUCCUCCCCUCCUCAAAAAUCCCUCCUCACGCCCAAUCAAAUCUUCUCAUUCGCACAUCUCCGAUUUCAAAACUAUCAUCGGUAUUUUGAACAAAUUCGAUAAAGUAAAGGAACUUCACAUGACUAUUCUACUUAAAUCCCAGGAAUCGAAAACCGAGGAUUUGUAUUUUUUGGCUGGAUUGUUUGGGUUGGAGAGAAUUAAAUGGAGUUUGGCGUUUGCGGUUGAGGGGCAUGGGAAGUGGGAGAUUGAUGCUAGCUGUUGCUUCAUGAGUGAGUUGCUGGGGGUUUAUUCGAGACGAUUUUCGGGGUCGGGAGGGUUGGAGAAGAUUGUUGAGUAAUAAUAAGUAAUGAGUUUGGGGGAUAGUUAAUAGAUUGAAGUAUUGAGGAGUAGAAAGAAUGAGUAUGUUUGCUUUUUGGCUCUGAAAUGUCUUUCUUUGUGGGAGUUGUAUCA